UCGCGCCAGUUUUCGCAGUUUCUCUGGUUUGUAGUCAGCACGUUACUAUUCGCCACACAAGAAAUACGAGGUUUUCAAAUACUUUGGAAAAGUAAUUUGCAACUUAUGCCCCGGGUUUCUGAACCUUGAUUCUUUCUCCGAAAAUGGCACCAAAGGAUUAUGUGGCGGAGAAGGAAAAGUGUAAGCAGUUCUUGCAAGAAUUCUACAAUGAAGACAGUGCUGGGAAAAAAGUAUUUAAAUAUGGAGCUCAACUGGUGUGUCUGGCACACAGAGAGCAGGUGGCGUUGGUGGUGGAUCUGGAUGAUGUUGCAGAAGAAGAUCCUCAGUUGGUGGAGAGUGUGUGUGAAAACACUAAACGCUACACUGGACUGUUUGCAGAUGCAGUGCAUGAGCUACUGUCAGAAUACCGUGAACGAGAGGUACUGGCAAAAGAUGCGCUGGAUGUUUACAUUGAGCAUCGUCUGAUGAUGGAAACGCGAGGACGUGAUCCUGCAGACACACGUGACCCCAGGAACCAAUACCCUGUGGACCUCAUGAGGAGAUUUGAGGUGUAUUUUCGUCCUCCCUCCACCUCCAAGCCAGAGGUCAUACGAGAUGUUAAGGCAGAUCACAUUGGCAAGCUCGUUACAGUCAGGGGCAUCGUUACCAGGGCAACUGAGGUCAAGCCCAUGAUGGCUGUUGCCACAUAUACAUGUGACCAGUGUGGGGCAGAGACCUACCAGCCGAUUGCAUCUCCAAGCUUCAUGCCACUCAUCAUGUGCCCUAGUCAGGAGUGUGUCACUAACAGGUCAGGGGGGCGCCUCUACCUGCAGACACGGGGAUCGAAGUUUAUCAAGUUCCAGGAGCUGCGCAUCCAGGAGCAUAGUGACCAGGUUCCAGUGGGGAAUAUUCCACGUAGUAUGACUCUUUAUGCACGGGGAGAAAACACACGUGUGGCGCAGCCAGGGGAUCACGUGGCGGUUUCAGGAGUGUUCCUCCCUCUCCUCCGUUCUGGUUUCCGACAGGCUGUGCAGGGUUUGCUGUCUGAGACGUACUUGGAGAUCCACUGUAUUGCUCUCAUGAACAAAACUGAGGAUGACGAACUUGGCACAGAGGAACUGAGUGAGGAAGAGCUGCGUCAAAUCACAGAGGAAGAUUUCUAUGAAAAGUUGGCAGGUUCUAUUGCCCCUGAAAUCUAUGGCCAUGAGGAUGUGAAGAAAGCUCUACUGCUAUUACUGAUGGGUGGAGUUGAGCAGGCCCCACGCGGGAUGAAGAUCAGAGGUAAUAUUAACAUCUGUCUGAUGGGGGACCCUGGUGUGGCCAAAUCUCAGCUGUUGUCCUACAUUGACCGUCUUGCACCACGCAGUCAGUAUACUACUGGGCGAGGCUCCUCAGGCGUGGGUUUGACAGCAGCAGUGAUGCGUGACCCUGUUACUGGGGAGAUGACCCUGGAGGGUGGGGCUCUGGUGCUGGCAGAUCUUGGUGUGUGCUGCAUUGAUGAGUUUGAUAAGAUGGCUGAUGCUGACCGCACAGCCAUUCAUGAAGUAAUGGAGCAGCAGACCAUCUCCAUUGCCAAGGCUGGGAUUAUGACGUCUCUGAACGCUCGCUGUUCAAUCUUAGCAGCGGCAAACCCAGCGUAUGGGCGGUAUAACCCACGUAAAAGCAUUGAGCAGAACAUCCAGCUGCCAGCAGCACUUCUGUCCCGUUUUGACCUGCUGUGGCUCAUCCAGGAUAAACCAGACACAGACAAUGACCUGCGCCUGGCUCAGCACAUCACCUAUGUGCACCAGCACUGCAGGCAGCCACCCACACACUUCACGCCCAUCGACAUGAAGCUCAUGAGGCGUUACUUGAAUAAGUGUAAAAAGAGGCAGCCUGCAGUUCCUGAGGCUCUGGCUGAUUACAUCACAGCAGCGUAUGUCGAGAUGAGGAAGGAGGCACGCGUCAGUAAAGACACCACCUUUACCUCUGCCCGCACACUGCUCUCUAUACUGCGCCUGUCCACAGCACUGGCACGAUUGCGAAUGGUUGAUGUGGUGGAGAAAGAAGAUGUGAAUGAAGCCAUGAGACUAAUGGAGAUGAGCAAAGAUUCGCUGCAGCCUGACAAAUCAAACACCACCAGGACCCAACGGCCAGCAGACGUGAUCUUCUCUUUGGUGAGGGAGUUGGCUGGAGAGGGGGGAAAAGUUAAAGCAGUGCGAAUGACUGAGGCAGAACAUAGGUGUGUGUCCCGAGGUUUCACUCCAGCCCAGUUUCAGGCUGCACUGGACGAGUAUGAAGAGCUCAAUGUGUGGCAGAUCAAUCAGGCACGCUCACGCAUCACCUUCUUGUAAACACCCCCCCCAGCACAGUUCAUUGUGUGCUCAUACAUCACACGCACACCUUUCCCAUAUAUAUUGUAUUUUUUGGUGACAGUUUUCUCAAACUGCAUUCUUACUUGACAACAGCUUAUGGUAAACUUGUUUGACAUUUUUCCAGACUAUUACCUUUUUAAUAUAAAGAAAUCACUGGUAUAAAAAUAAAGAAAAUGUGUAAA